UUUUAGACGAAUAGUUCUAAUAAACCCUAGAUAGUUCUGGAGGUUUUAGACCACCGACUCUGCAAAACCCUCGACGGAGAUAAUGGCGAUGAAGACGGCGACAACGGUGGCGGCCGCCGCUCCCCGCGGCCUCCGAUCACUCUUCUCCACUCUCUCUACCAACUUCCCCUUUCCAUCACAACCUGCCGCCAAUCAGCCACAGAGACCACAGGCUGAUCCUUCAACCAAUCUCUUCGUUUCAGGUCUUAGCAAGCGUACAACUGAUGAAGGACUUCGAGAGUGCUUUGCAAAGUUUGGUGAAGUGGUCCAUGCUAGAGUAGUAAAAGAUCGCGCAUCAGGCUGGUCAAAAGGGUUUGGAUUUGUACGGUACUCUACACUUGAAGGGGCUGCUGCUGGAAUUGAGGGCAUGGACGGGAAGUUCUUGGAUGGUUGGGUUAUAUUUGCAGAGUAUGCCAGGCCAAGAGAGAAUCCUCCUCCAUCACCUCCUUCCUAUGGUGGGUACCGCCAAUGACUUCUAGCUCUGCAUCUGAUUCUUGAUUUAAUGGUAUUAUAUGAAACAUCAUUUUAUGAUAUGCUUGUGUGCGCCUAAUAUCAUUAUUUAGUAUAUGCUUCAACGGUCAAUCUGCUUGUUGGAAGACUAUUUUUAUGUUAAAUUUAGUCACCGCUUGUAAUGCCCAAACUUUUGCAACAGUUUGAUUACAUUACUAUAAUUAAUAAUAGAACUCCCAAGGUUUUUUUUA